GACGCCCAUUCACUAUCCUCCAUCUAAUCCUCAUCCCACGCGCUCUAUCACAGACCUCGUCCUAUCUUUAUUCGCGCGUCAUGCGUCCAGUCUCCCAUAUGCUCUCCCAGAGUCUGCACCAUGUUCCCCAGAUAUAGCCCGCCGCACACGGUUCACUGCUGCUCGCACCCUCCACCAGAAUCGCCGACAUGUCGUCCGUGAAGGAAGGCGAGGCGCCCUUCUCCAUCCCCGGCAUCGACAAGCCGACCAAGACCUGGUACAAGGUCGUCGGCGACCUCUCUUCGUCCGCCUCUGGCCGACCCCUCGUCUGCCUUCACGGCGGCCCGGGAGCACCCCAUAACUACCUGCUCGCCAUCGCCGACGUCGCCACCGCGCACGCCAUCCCCGUCGUCUUCUACGACCAGAUCGGCAACGGAAACAGCACCCACAUUCCGGAGAAGAACGGCGACGAGGCCUUCUGGUCUACCCAGCUCUUCCUCGACGAGCUCGACAACCUCGUCAAGCAUCUGGGCAUCGCGGACGCGUACGAUGUUCUCGGCCAGUCGUGGGGCGGCAUGCUCGGCGCGAUGCACGCCAUCACGCAGCCCAAGGGCCUCCACAGGCUCAUCAUAUCCAACUCCCCCGCUUCCAUGAAGAUGUGGGUCGUGGCAGCGAACAAGCUGCGCCUCGAGCUCCCGCAGGAUGUUCAGGACGCGUUGACCAAGCACGAGACGGACGGGACCACCGACUCGAAAGAGUACCAAGACGCCAUGGACGUGUUCUACGCGAAACACGUCAUUCGAAUCAACCCCAUGCCUCAGGACGUCAAGGAUGCCUUUGACUGGAUAGCCAAGGACCCGACCGUCUACCACACCAUGAACGGCCCGUCCGAGUUCCACAUCAUCGGAUCCCUCCGCGACUGGAGCAUCUUGGACCAGAUCCAUUCCAUCUCAGUCCCAACUCUGCUUAUCAACGGCCGGUACGAUGAGGCCACCGACGAGGUCGUCCAGCCCUUCUUCGACAGUAUCCCCAAGGUCAAGUGGGUCACCUUUUCCGAGUCGAGCCACAUGCCCCAAUGGGAAGAGCGGGAGCGGUACAUGGAGGUUGUCGCCAGCUUUCUCAAGUCAUGA